AACAAAGCUUCACUAAUGGCUACUGAACAACUUGACUUAGAUGCUCAAAAGAAGCUAGCCAGGGACUUAUGGCAGGCUGUAGACAAUAAUGACGUCACCAAAGUUAGGUCCCUGUUGGGACAGGGGGCAGACCCCAACCACCAGCUCUACUGGAGUGACGAGUGGGCGGAUGAUCCUCCAUUACACAGGGCUUGCUGGGAGGGCUACCUUGAGAUUGUGAAGACACUUGUUACUCAUGGAGCUCGUACUGAUAAAGGCGAUGGGAGGUACAACAGGACUCCACUUCACUGGGCAUGCAUGGGAGUUUAUAAAGAGGUGGUGCAGUACUUAAUCGAGGAGGUUGGGUGUAGCACUGAUGUGAGGGAUCAUUUUAACAGCACUCCUCUUCACUAUGCUUGUCGGGGAGGAAGUAAAUACCUGGUACAGUAUCUGGUGGAGGAGCUGAAGAUGAAUGUUGAUGUGAGGAACAGGUGGGGCCAAACACCACUGCACUAUGCUUGUGUGGAAGGACAUAUACAACUAGUGAAAUACCUAGUUGAGGAACUAAAGUGGGAUGUUGAUGUGACUGCUAAUGCUGGCAGGACUCCUCUUGACAUGGCAGUACGGUGGGGGAAGACUGAAGUUGCUGACUAUCUCAAACCUCUAGUCUCCACUCCUGAACCAGAUACUCCAAAUGGUUCCAAACAACUUCCUUCCACUUCUUCAAGGGAUGAUUCUAACCUAACCUCAUCAAUCGAUAUUCAAAACCAAACCUACUUGAAGAAACUGGACGAGCUGAUGACUGACAAAAGUGGUACCAUCGAGCUACACUAUCUCAAGACAUACUUCAUUGGUCCUUCGGGUAUUGGCAAAACGACCACUCGACAGCGGCUUGUUGGAUCCAUCACUAACCUGUCUUUGCUGCCAGAAGAUCAAAGGAAACGUUGCAGUACAUUACUAGCCGAGUGUGAACAAGUAUUGGCCUUUGUGGACAAAUCUGGAACAAAGCUUGAAUUCAAAGCAUCUUCAAGUCUAGAGGAAGAAACACAGUUUAUCUUCUCUUACCUUAUGUCCUGUGAAUCUAUUGAAGAAACGCCUAAGAAACAGCCUACUAAAGAAACCACUGACCCAAAAAAUCAAACUACUGUACCCAAAGAAACGGUAUCACCAACACCUGGGCUAAUACCAGAAUUACCGGAAAAGGUUGUGAAAGUGACGACUGUAGAUGUUGGAAAGGUUGUCUCGAGACUCCGGAGUAUUGUGGGUUCAGGAGAGUACACUAAAGAGCUGCUGAACAAAGUCCUACUCAAUCUAGUCGAUAUAGGUGGGCAGCCUGGAUUCGUGGAGAUGUUUCCAUUUCUAAGCAAAGGCGCAGGGAUUUUCCUGGUAUUCUUUCGACUGGACAAAGACCUCGAUGACAUGUGUCAAGUCUCCUACGAACGAGGAAAUGACAAGAUCACACCGUACGAUUCAACGUACACAAGCACAGAAAUACUCUCUCAAAUCCUCUCAGCUAUCAGCCACCAUACCAAGAUUGACUCGGAUAUUGACAGAGAGCAGUGUAGUAAACUGGGCAAUCUAGGCUCUGCUAAGCCUGUUGCUACCCUCAUAGGUACUUUCAAGGAUGAACUGACAUUGCAAAUCAAAGUCGAUCUUCUGUACGAGAAAUAUUGUCACUCAGCUAUUUACAAGAGCGAUGGUACCACUGCCAGCGAAAGCGAUGGCACCACUGCCAGCGAAAGCGAUGGCACCACUGCCAGCGAAAGCGAUGGCACCACUGCCAGCGAGAGUGAUAGUACCUCUACCAGCAAGAGCGAUAGCACCACUGCCAGCAAGAGCGAUGGCACCACUGCCAGCGAGAGCGAUAGUACUACCUCUACCAGCAAGAGCGAUGGUACCACUGCCAACGAGAGCAAUGGCACCACUGCCAGCGAGAGCGAUAGUACCUCUACCACCAAGAGCGAUGGUGCCACUGCCAGCGAGAGCGACGGCACCACUGCCAGCGAGAGCGAUGGCACCACUGCCAGCAAGAGCGAUUGCACCACUGCCAGCGAGAGCCUAAAAGAAAACGAACAAAAGAAAGCAAUUCGGAACAUUUUGACUCAACAGAAGAGUGAUGAGCAUGCUAACGUCAGUGCAGAAGACAUGGCUGCCAUUGAGCAAACAGUCAGCCAACACCUCAACUCAGACACUUUCAAGAAAGAUUUCCAAAACCGUUUAGAGAAAAAGUUGACAGAGAAAAACGAAGCGAUGACCAAGAUUACCAGCAAGUUUGAGGAUUUACUUUCUCACCCAAAAGACAAAAAGUUCAUAGCAGUGGACAACUACGAAGGCACUGAUUCUGAUAUGGAACCUCUUCGUGAACAUCUUCAUGGCUUAUUCAGUAGCUAUUUCAAAGAUGCCAAGCUUCGAAUUCGUCCACAACAGCUUUUGUUUGGAGUUGUACUGAGAAAAGAGUUUGACAUUGUGUCUAUGGAAGAUUGCAUUCGUAUCGGUAUCGAGGCGUUAAAGAUGAGAGAGAAGGAGGUUCGAUUCACCGUUUGGUAUCUGGAUCGGUACGUUGGAGCUUUGAUCUAUCAUCCAGAGAUCAAGGAAAAAGAUGGUUGGUUUGGGAACUUUGUCAUUUGCAACCCCCAAGUGGUAUUCAACAGUCUCAGUGUUUUCGUUGUCAAUCCGCUGCUGGAGCUCCAUUCUGAAGACAGCCGUAUUCAAUUUAAUGAUGCUGAGAGAAGGAAUUGGAUACUCAAGGGACAAUUCUCACUGAAAACAAUCACUCGAUGCCAUUCCGAUGUAAACCAGGGUGUGAAGAAAGACCAGUUGAUUCCUGUUGAGAAGCUGCUCAUACUACUCGAGCAUUCCCACCUCUUGGCCAAGAUCACAACAGUGAAGGAAGACCAUACCACAGAAGAGGUCGAAACGACGUAUUUCAUCCCCGCUAUUCUCAAGUGUGCAUCUCGCGAGGAACUAACGAAACCACCCCCCACUGGCAUUGAUACACCCUCUCCAAUCAAGAUCACAUUCAAACCUCAAUACGUUCCCAUUGGAGUUUUCUGUGCCAUGAUCAGUGAAUUGGUCUCAAGGGGGAGUAAAGACGAAGGCAUUCUGGGCAUGACUUGGAAACUUGCCACUGAUACCUCAGUAAAGAGAAACCUCGUCUCCUUUCACAUUGACGAAUCUGCCAAGCAUUUUGUUACCCUGAUCGCUCAUGUCGAUAGCUAUGAGAUACGGAUUAUUCGACAGAAUCGAAAGUACAUGAUGCACGAGCUUUGUUCCUACGUCCUCUCAACCCUCCUGUUGGUGAUGAAGGAUAUUAGUCCACUACUCACUCCGAUUAUUGCCUUCGACUGCUACUGUGGCAAACACGGAGACGCCACGAAACUGUGUGUCCUCACACAUGGAGUGUAUCCCUGCUUUAACUGCACCAGUGAAGUCUCUCUGAGCCCUCACCAAGAAUGCUGGUUUGCAAAAGAAGUCAGUCUGGGAAAGGAUGUUUCUCUCAAGGCUCUGCCCUUUGCCACGAAGCGAACGUUGAAGGACAAGAACCUCACCUUCGAGUGGAGCAAGAAAGAUCCUGAAAUUGAUGAGGAUGAACACAAAUUGGAAUUCAAGGCAGCCUCGUUAAAGGAUCACUUCAAAGGCUUUAUCAGUUGUAAGAUCUUCAAGAACCAGAAGCCUUUCUUCACCGUGUACCACUGCCUCAAAGAGAGUGUUGAGGACACCUCCAGCUCUGAAACUGAUGAGCUGUUUGCACAUGUGAAGGAAGUGAUCAAAGAAAUACGCUCUGACUGGUACAGCCUGGCUAUAGAACUGGACAUUGACUAUGCAACUAGGAAGAGUCUUGAGAAGGACUAUCGCUGGGUUGAGCCGUGCUUUGAGGCCAUGCUGACACACUGGGUGAAGCGCUCCUCUCCUCCCCCCUCCUGGUCUGCCCUUGUUAGAGCACUAGAGUCUCCCGCCAUUGCUCGUGGGGACAUUGCAACAACCAUUAAGAAGACAAAAGCUACCAGCGACAUCUCUCCUGAUAUUUGUCCUCUCACUGACUGUGAGGGACUGAGUGUAGAUCAUCAUUUGAGGGUAGUGAGGACAGCUGCCUGGGAGGUGAGGGGGACAUGGCGUCCUCUGGGAGUGCAGUUGGGUGUCAAUGAGGGGACACUAGAUGUGAGUGCUCUGCUGUGUGUGUACUGAACACUGUAUAGCAGU